AUGGUAAGCGCCAACGUCCCUCCUCCCUUCCUUAUCCUCCUCCGUCCCACCGCAUCUGGUUUGCUCCUCCUGCCCCAUAAACCCCGGAGAAACCCUAGCCAGCGGCGAUUGAAAUUUGAUUAUCCGCAGGACUACCUCAAGACGGUGGUUCCGUCACAGCUCAUGGCCGAGCGCGGCUCCAACCUUGUCGUCAUCAACCCAGGAUCUGGAAAUGUGCGAAUGGGGUUUGCUAGUCAGGAUGUGCCAUUCAAUAUACCACAUUGCAUUGCCCGACGCAUCAAUCCACAAGAGGCGAAGAACCAAGAUUCUCUGUCUUGCGAUCAGAUGCUCAACUGCCAUGCUACUUCAUCGCAGAAUGCGGAGCGGGAGAGUGCAUAUGAUAUUAUUGCAGCACUGAUGAAAAUCCCAUUUUUGGAUGAUGAAGAAAUGCCUUCACCGAACCAACCCCUUCCUCCAAAGAUGGGACGUGUUGAUGGCUUUUCUUCGCAGCAAAACAGAGGCGAUAUUAAAUUAACUUGGACAGAUGUGACAGAGAGAAUUAUUAAGCCAUCCACAUCAAUUGAUAGGUCAGUAUUCAAGGAUGCUGAGGAAGAUACUCCGCCAAGCACAUCUAGUGAUGAUAAUGGACAUGACUUUAAAGAGAAUAAGUAUAAAGAAAUGAUAUUUGGAGAAGAUGCUCUGAAAAUUCCUCCUUCAGAGUCAUACUGUCUGAGUCGUCCUAUUAGGAGAGGCCAUUUUAAUGUGUCUCAUAAUUAUUCACUGCAUCAGGUUUUAGAAGAUUUACGCACUAUUUGGAACUGGGUACUGACAGAAAAGUUGCAUAUCAACCCAAGAGACAGAGGUCUAUAUUCUGCAAUUCUUGUUCUUGGGGAGACAUUUGACAACCGAGUUCAACAUCCUAGCAACCUUUUCUCCCAGUCGACAUGA